AUGCUAAAGACGGCAAAGAAGUAUAACGCGAGCUUUGCCGCCAUAAAGCUGGAUAGAGCCCUGAAGAAUCAACUACCAGCCUGGUACCAUAUAAGCGCAUCCAAACAACUGAGACGUCUUGACAACACAGCGCUGAGUAAAUGCUUACGUUUGACACACCACGUCGUAACAGUGGCAGAUAUCGCAAGGACGGCGAGACAUGACGCACCUAUCGCAACGAAUACUGACGGCAGCGAGCCCUCCUGUACAUGUGCUGGCUGCGAGAACGAUAAGAGGUCCGGAUGCAAGGACCCACUGAAGUGCAAGGAUGCAGCGGGACGAAUACUGCUACUCCUUGAACAUAAAUGGAACCCCAUGAUGGACUCCCCGGCGGACGGCUUAACACUCACCAAGAAACGACUUGAAGCCAACACCAAGGCUGUUGAAAAAGGCGAUGCCGUAACGUUCAACCCCUCCGUGACUGAACACGGGGGGAUAACGGAGGCCUUCCGUGUAUUUGUCGACAAAGAGAAUAUAACAAACCCACCUGCGGUUCGCCCGAGGAGAGGUCUAACGAUCGCAGCAGACGCGUGUAAGGCGUAC